UUUUAAUGCGGGUGGUGAAUUUUCGGGAGUGAGUCGGACGUACGCCUAAACUUGAUAGAUUCGAUUGUGAUGGUCACCGUAUAGUGAGACACAGGGGGUAUCGUUGUUAUUGGUGAUAAAGGUUUUUUUUUUUGCCGUCGCUGCCCGUCUUUGUGGGAACUAUGAUCGCUCCGACUGCCGGCUUCUCCAGUGGAUUUCUCAAUGAGAGGGCGUGGUGACGAGGUGAACGGAGCACGAGACUCGCGAUGUCCGCCGUAACGAGUCCAUAUGGACCCAGCUCGAUCGCAGCGGACAUGCUAUCGGAAUCGGUGUACAACUUUGCCGCGUCGACUUCGCGGCGCAUCACCGGGGCCAGCUCGACCUGCGACCAAGACAGCGACUCCCAACAGUACGACCCGAGUCACCCCACCCAACAGCUCCAGCUGGCCGCGAGCAUCCAAUCGUCGUCCCAGCCGCCCGGCUGCCAGCAGCCCGGCAAGCCCCGCAACAAGCGCAAAAACUUCAAGCCCAUCAGCAGCCGGAUGGCCGAGGUCUCGGACGAGUCGGACGACCGCGAGGACGACGCCGAGUCCGGCGGGCCGAACGACGACUGCCGGUCCAACGACGAGGCGACACCCCUCCAGGGUGGUCACGAAAGCGGGGGCUGCAGCCCGGCGCGCUCCCCCAAACGGAGGCUCAACAACAACGAGGUCAUACCCAUGGACCUGUCCGUGGCGACGAGGCCGCCCUCCUCCGACGAGGACAGCGCCGACUCGUUCCGGCACAAGUUCAUCCUCGAGCAGCUCAGGGCGCAGAAGCUCUACUCGCCCAACAUGGACGUGCGGAGUCCGGCCUCGGAGUUGUCGGACAAGAGCAGCGGGCCGCUCGAGCCGACGGACGAGCAGCUCCUGGAGGCCCAGGACGAGGAGGACGAGGAGCGCCAGAACCUCGACGAGGGGGAGGAGAACGACAUGGACGAGUCGGAGGAGCGAGCCCGGCCUUUCGACAAUAUGCGCGAGUACGCCGAGUCGACGAUGCAGGAGCUGUUCGCCAUCUACGGGCUCGCGGGGGGCGAGUUGGCCAAGAGCGUCAGCCGGCAACUGCCCCCGAGCUUUCUCAAUCCGGCCGCCGGACAGCCAGGCAACCGAGUCAAGGUGAAGGAAGAGAACAAGGAGGCGUCGUCGAUGGCGCCCGGGAGUCCCCCGACGCCACCGCACACCCCGCAGAGCCCCUCGCGGCAAAACAGCGGCGCGGCGAACCUCUCGUCCUCGCGGGCGUCGAACUCCGGCUCGCCCAGCGUCCAGCAACAGCAGCACCAACAGGCGGCGGCGGCAGCUGCAGCGGCUGGACUCCACCCCAGCCUGACCGGCUCGCCCCUCAGCCAGAUCCUCGUGGAGAACCCCGCCCUCGCCCAGCUCCUCCAGCACAACCCGGCCAUCCUGUCGCAGAGUCCCCAGCUGGCUCAACUACUCCAACAGAACCUACAGGUGCACAUGGGUGGUGUCAUGUACUCCGGAUCCAGGCGCGCCGACGACAACGACGACUCGAGGGUACCACCAACAAUAGCGAGCCUGGCAACGAUGAAAGUAGAGGCGGCUGACCCCAAGGUUUCCGCCCUACUGCGCCAGAGCAUGUCACCGGUGUCAGCGGAAGCCCUAAGUUCAGCCGCUGGGGGUGGAGGCGCUAACAAGAACUCGCCAGGAUCUGCCAGCACGCCUCAGCCGGUGAUCGACUACUCGCGCUACGUGCGGCGCUACAGCAGCGGCCAGGAGUGCGGCAGCUCGUACUGCAAGGACCUCGGGUGCCGGGAGCACUUCCACUGCCUCGACUGCAGCGGCCGGGUGUUCGUGAAGAAGGAGGAGAUGAUCCGGCACUUCAAGUGGCACAAGAAACGCGACGAGUCGCUACUGCACGGCUUCAUGCGCUACUCACCCACCGACGACUGCUCGGAUCGCUACCCCGGCCGGCAGUGCCCCCACAAUCGCAAACAGACCCAUUACCACUGCAUACACGACAACUGCGACAAGGUGUACAUAUCGACCUCGGACGUGCAAAUGCACGCCAAUUACCACAGAAAGGACUCGGCCAUCAUACAGGAGGGCUUUCAGAGGUUCCGCGCCACCGAGAACUGCGCCACCGACCACUGCCCCUUCACCGGCCAGAGGACCACGCACUUCCACUGCAGGCGGACCAACUGUCGCUACACCUUCAAGAACAAGGCCGACAUGGACAAGCACAAGUCGUACCACAUAAAGGACGAGCAGCUGUCGCGGGACGGCUUCAAAAAGUUCAUGAAGUCGGAGGCGUGUCCGUUCGAGCAGUGCCGUUUCUCCCGGGUGUGCAACCACAUCCACUGCAUCAGGCCGCAAUGUAGCUACGUCCUCCACUCGUCGGGGCAGCUGUUCUCGCACAAGCGCAAGCACGAGCGCAACGACUCGGAGAUCGCCUACCGCAAGUACAAGCAGAUAGGCGGGCACAACGGGCCUAGCCUUGCUCCGGGCAUGCGGGGCGGACCGGGCUCUUGGCCACCAACGGACGACCUCGGCUCGCAAGGCCUGGCGCUCAGCCUCAACGGCGAGAGUUCCAACGAGGGUCGCGGCUCGCCCUCCUACUACUCCAUGGACGACUCCUUCCAAAGCGCCAGCGACCUGGCCAUGGACCUCACGGCCACCACCACCUUAUCCGGUGCCCUCACCACCACCCCGGUUGCAGGUGGCUCCGGCUCCACCAGCCUCGGGGACAACCACCAGCUCACCACCACCGAACUGGCGUACCUGAUGCCCGCGAGUCAGGAGUGCGGCUGCGGUCUGGGCAAGGAGCACUACCACUGCGCGCUGGACCGUUGCGGGGCGACGCUGCGGGACCCGCGGGAGGUGCGCGAGCACUUGCGCGAGCACGAGACCCAAGAGCGCAUAACCGACGCCUUCUUCGAGGAGGGCUGCUGCGACGAGACGAGCGGCUGUCCUUACGCGGACAAGGAGAAGCACUACCACUGCAACUGGGACAACUGCCGGGAGGUUAUACUCGCCACGGACAAGCCGUUCCGGCGGCUCCAGCACUACAAGAUCCACGAGUACAGUCGCCGGUUGAACCUGUCGGGCGCCUCGCAUCCCCUGUCCUCGGACGUGACGCUCACCCACCUGACCAACAUAGACGCGAUGUUCAGGCGGAAGCGCGGUCGCCCACCCAAGAACCGGGUCAUCGAGAUCUGGAGCGGCGGAGCUGGGGAUGCAACCGGGCACCACACCCAGGACACGCCCCAGGCGAUAUUUACGAGCUUCAAGCUGCCGAAGCCGACGCCGAGCAGCGCCAUGGCCUCGACGAGCCUCGUGGCGAUCGGCUCGGCCGGGCUCGACGACCGGGAGGGCAGUCUGUCUCCGACCAGCGACCCGGUCGGCUUCUCCACCUACAACCAAGAUGCCUGUCCGGAUUUCUCGUGCACGCUGCGCUCGACGAGGCACCACCACUGCUCCCAGCCGCGCUGCCACUUCUCGACGGACCGGCCGGAGCAGUUGCUCAUGCACAGCAAGGACUUCCACGACAACCUGGACAUACCGCCGGGCUUCGCGUUCUUCGACCGGACGAUAGAUUGCCGGCUGGCCGGCUGCCACAGCAACCGGACGAACCGGCAUUACCACUGCACGAGGCCCGGCUGUGGCUACUCGUUCGUGCGCUACUCGACGAUGGCGCUGCACGACAAGCAGCACGAGGAGGCCGCCGCGACCGGCCGGCACGAGGAGCCACCACCACCGGCGGCGUUCGUCGCGCAAGACGCGAAGCCGAGGAUACAGGUGAAGAACCCGGCCGAGCUCAUCGACAAGCUCGCCGAGUCGAUCAUGGACGACAAGGAGCAAAAGGAGAUCGAGAUCGCUGCUGUCGACGGGUGCAACAAGACCACGGUGGUGAGGGCGGCUGGCACCUAUUAUCCGGUCAGCGGACCGCCGAGCGAACCCGCGCUACCGGGUGCCAUACUAUCCAUGCGAGCUUCCGUGCACCAAGAACCAAUCCUGCCGUCGGUGUCCACGAGCACGAUCGCAUCCCCGAGCCUGGCGUCGUCGCCCCACACCCUGUACGGGCCCGAGCAGAGCUGCAGCCGUCCGUUCUGCAAGCUCAAGCGCAAAAACCACUACCACUGCAACGCCUGCAACCAGGCGUUCUCGGAGGUCGACAAGCUCGUCGCCCACAUAGCCAAGCACUCGACCGGCGCCAUACUCAGCCAACAGCAGCUCCAGCCCCACGAGCUCCAGCAAGCACCACCCCCGCAGCAACGACCGCGCCAGCCGUCGCCCACGAACCACCAGCAACAACAGCUCGCCCAGCUGACGCAGCACGAGUACCUCGCCCAACUGUCCCAGCAGGCCCAGAAGCACGACUUUAUGGCCCAAAACAUCCAAAACUUCCAGAGCCAGAUGCAACGCCAGAUCCAGCAACAACAGGCCAUGCCGAAGGUCGAGCCGUCCCUCACCCACGGCCAAUCCACCGGCCAGACCUCCCAAUUGAGCAUCAAGCGCGAGAUCAAGCGCGAGCAGCCAGACGUGCAGGAGAUCAACGCCAUCCCUGGACUGGACGGCCACGAGAACGGCCAGCAACAGCUACAGCAACAGAUGAUCCAGGUGGUGACGGGCCCGAGCGUCCAGCAGCAGCAGCAGCAGCCCCCAGGGGCCUUCGAGCUCGACCUCGGCCACGGCUUCCACUUCCCCAGCCCGGCGGUCAUGGCGGCCAUGAACCAACAGAUAGCUCUGAUGAACCAAGCGCUGCCGCCCUUCCUGCAACACGGCGGCGCCAUGUACGCCGGGGCCCCGGGACUGAUGUUCGCCCCGGGCCUGCCUCCCGGGAACUUUUUGCCACCCGGCCGGGGCGACGAGAACCCCCUCGCGUCGUUGGCUGCCAACUUGAACCUCACGAAGCGCUCGCUGUCGCCGCCCGACGCCAACUCGCCCGAAGCGAAGAAGCAACGGCUCCACCACUCGAUGCGCAUGCUCAAGGACGAGCCGGUGCCCGAGGGGUACAUAAGGUUCCGGUUCAACGAGGACUGCCGGUACACGCACUGCGGCUACCGGGAGCACCAGACCCACUUCCACUGCAUGCGCCAGGACUGCGGCUACUCGUUCUGCGACAAGACGCGCUUCGUCCAGCACACGGCGAGGCACGAGCGCCUCGACACCCUCAUGGGCGGGGACUUUCAGCAGUACCGGGCCAACGUGCCAUGCGGCCGGGGCCAGUGCGCGUACACCUCGUCCCUGGGCUCGAUGCAGAACAAGGCCUCGCACUUUCAUUGCUUGAAGUGCGACUUUGUCUGCACGGACACGAACAAGGUGGUGGCCCACAGGCGCCAGCACGCCAAGCAGGACAGCAUAGCCGCGGCUGGCUUUCAAAAGUUCACGCCCAGCCAGCCGUGCGGGGCCGUUCAGUGCCAGCACUCGGGCAAACAGACCCAUUACCACUGCCUGCAGUGCAAGUACGCGGUGCUGGGCUUGGCCCAGAUGUCGGCCCACAAGUACCGGCACAUGGACGCCUAGCAUCGGGAGAGCAGUAACCAGGGCCCCUGGAAGCCGGCCCGAUGAUAUGCCACUGGUGCGCAAGUGCGUGCUAGUGCGCAGGCGAACCGGGCUCGGGUUGUCGAACAAAACUCUACGCAUCCGUAUGCAUUGUCUGUACAGUUUUUAACGUGUAAUAGUUUUUCCUUUUCUCUUUUAGCAAGUAAGCGUUGUACGUAGAUCGUUCGUAUAUAUAUAUAUAUUGUUGUAGUGGGCGAGGAUUCGCGAGAAACACAAUGUACAUUUUCACUCGACUGUGCAUAUCUCUUUCUAAGAAGCGUUCUUUUUUUCUUUUUUUUUUUCAUUUCUCGAGAGAACGCGUCCGAGAGUCUUUAAGAUUAAACAAUACUUUAUAUAUGUACACUGUGUCGGGCUAACGCGUAGAUAUAUACGUAGAGUUUUCAAUGUAGUCGUGUGUGAGCGUGAAUGGUUGUCGUAGUUUUUUUUUCUUUUUUCACACUAAUACGACGAUUCACGAUCAUAGAGUCGAAAGAAGAAUUGGACGAUUGGGCGAUGCGAGUUUUUUUUCUCACCGUUCAUUGACGACUGUAUUAUUUUUUUUUCUUUUUUUUUUUCAUACGAGUAUACGAUACGAGUCACUGUAGUUGUAUCAUGUAAUUAAUUGGGAGAACAAGAGAGUCAUAAAAAUGCACUGCGAUCGAGAUCGAGGAGAUAUUUAAAUACAAGAGAGAAGUGGAGAGGAGAGAUUUGAUUUGUUUCGAUGCAUUCGCGGCGACUGAUUAUAGCAAAAAAUGUAGGAAAAUUAAAAAAAAAAAGAAAAAAAAAAAGUGUCGGAGAGAAUUGUAUUCUACAUAAUGUUUCUCCCACAUUUUGUGUAUAACUUUAUACGUAUGUGUGUGUGUAAUGCAAUCUCUUCUGUAGUUACAAAAAAUCACGAGUAGUGUUUACCCGUUGUAUGAUUAUUGUAAUAAACAAAAAGAAGGGAUGAACAAAUUUUUUUUAAAAGUCUAUCAAAAAAAGAGCACGCGUAUAGAAUAUCGUAUUACAAACAGUAUUGUGAAGAUUAUUUAUAAAAAAAAAGACUGCCACUUGAGGCGAAUAAACUAAAAAAUAAAUCUGUGUAAGAAUCGGGUGUAAUUGAUGAGUCGAAGAAAUUGCUAAGUACAUAAUUGAUGAUAUUGGAUACGUGUGAGAGCGAAUGGUUUACGUGAAAAAGGAAAUGGUGAUACAAUAGAAAAAUGGCUUUCAAGAGCGAAAAAUUGAAAAAAAAAAAAAAAGUGAUGUCGUGUUAAGAAAUGUGUAUUUAAGUAUAACGAAAAAAAGCUACAUCGGAUAAGAAGCUAUCGAAAAUUUACAACCAUACAUAUACAUACAUAAAAAUAUACAUAUUUAUAUGAUAUUCGAGGCAAAACAAUAAAGUCGGAAAACUAUAUAUCUAGCUACAAAAGAUUGUCAUGUCGACGUAAGCUGCAGCUGUGCGUUUGUAUACGAAAUAAAAUAAAAUAAAUAGGAUUUCAAGCGAAGAAGACUUGACGUUUGAAAAUAGAUUUUUUUUUUUUAACGAUAAAGCCGUAACUGUAUAAUGGUAUAAUGCUCGUUGAUUCAAUGUCAAAUGCGUACACACUCGGAUCAAGUUUUUGUGAAGAAAAAAGUGAAGCGCUGGAGGUGCCUUUAGGGCUUUUCGUGAAAUUUUUCCUUCGUAGAAGCGUGUGUGCCUUAGGAUAACGAGACGAUACGCGAAUUUUUGUAUUUAUAUCGAUCAACGUGGACAAUACUUAUUAACAGAUAAUAAAAUAGUUCGCGGAUCGAGCGUUUUAUCGUCUACUGUUAAAAGCAGCGAAACGAUAACUUGACUCGAGUUACUACAGCUCCUUGUAGAUGGCAGCAUCUUUUACUUUGAAAUGAUAUAAUUUAUCUUCUUUCUUACUUGUAAUAUAACUCACUUCCAAAUUAAUUGUUAAACGGAUUUAAAAUGAUAAAAGUGAAUGAAAAUGUAAAAUUAUAUAUUUA